UUUCACAAAAGAUCAUGUUUCGAGCGAGCGGAGCGUUACUCCAUAUGCGGAGAGAUGAACAGAGACGAAUAAUUUCAAGGUACGUUGAGUGUUUGGAGGAUGCAUUUCGGGAAUGGCGAAACAUCAGCUACGCCACACCCAACCAGGAAAGUUUCGUUAAUGUCAACUGGCACAACUUCAGAAAGCAGACAACUGAGGCAAACGAAUACCCAUGUAUCUUGGAUACUACCAUACACGUUCAACCAAUGUUGAUGACAGUAUGUAGAACUAGGGAGGGAAAGAAAUAUCACUCUCUUGAGUUCAUUAGGAAACUAAAAAGGAUUAAUGGACAGUUUGCAAACCAACUGGGCGGUUACUAUGUCAUGGGCGAGGGUCUACGUUUCGAUGGCAUGUUUGAUCGUACCGUCACUGCUGACAUGAUACCUGUGCCAAACUACACAAGCCGCACUACUCCCAUUGAAGAGCAUCCUUCAAGCAAAGCUGAACUUGGCAAGUCUUCUGUCGAAUUACAUCUUCAGCUUAAAAUCCCGGAUGACGUUUAUGAAUACGUUGGUACAUCACUGAAAGAAAAGCUCAGUCAUCGGGCUGCAAAGUAUAAAGAGCUGGAAAAGUUCGAGAAAGAAAAGACUGACCUCUUUGAAAACUUAAACCAAACGUCAAAGCAGAAACCAAAUAAUCAUUCUGUCGAUAAAUCAAGUCAAAAUUACAGCAAGGGAUCUGAAAAUGAAUUGUUUGGUGGUCUUGAUAGGCUUAGACCUAUUACCAAUACAAAUUCGAAUUGGCACGUAACCUCAGGCGACUUAAUAUACGCGCCAGUUAUCCACGAAUAUUAUGACAAAUAUGGAAAACAUACAUAUGAUAAUGUCAUCGACGAUCCUAAUAAUACGAUCACCCAGCAGAUGAAAACUGCUGAUGACGAUGAACGGGUAAACCAGACUAAUAGUGCACAUGAUGAAUUUCCCGUCGCCGAUGAGAUAAAUCAGUCUCUUCUCACAAAGGAAAUUGGAGAUACGGCUAAGGAGAAUGUUGAAUUGAGAGAUGAGAUAUGUGUGCCUCUAAAUGAAACUGAAGUGGACAUUCGAAAUGUAACAAUGCUUCAGGAUUUGUUUGGGAAACAAGAAGAACGAGUAAAAACUCAAUUGAGCGAGCUGCAAAAUGAAGUGAAAAAGAUGAGAGCAAGUCUAAUAGCACCACCUCCAGCUCAGAUUGAUGGGACAAAUGAAUUGGUGCAGACGGCCAAAAAUACUGCAGUUGAACAGAAAGAGUUAAAUCGUCCUACAACAGAUACUUGCAGGGAGAUGAAACAUGAACAAGAUCGGGGUAUUCUAAAGGCAAAUGAAGAUUCUCUUGAAGCAAGUAAGAAGAUUGUAGAAGCCGAAAAUAAUCGACUGGAAAAAUUGAAAGAAGAACUAAAUGGAGAAAUUUCUAAGGUAGUAGCUGAUAGAACUAAUCUUGAAUUUGAAAAGAAGACGAUUGAAAUGAAAAAGGUAUCACUGGCAUCCAGUGACGAAGUUAACAAAAUUGAUACAGAGCGACUAAAGGAAGGCAAACUAAAGCUGGCAAAGCUCAAAAGCGAACAACAACGACUUGAAGAGGAAUUUGAGGAAAUGAACAAAAUGAGAGAAUUAGAGUUUGAAAAGAAAGCAAGAGAAAUAGAUGCAAAAUUUUGGAAAAAAGAGAUGCAAUGCAAGAAGGAGGAACAUGAAAUAAAAACUAAAGAGGUUGAAUUACAAAUGAAAAGCCAAGCAAUUGAUACAGAAGCAAAUGGAUUUAAAAAGAAAUGGGAUGAUGUGAAUGCAAGGGAGAUGGAGUUCAAAAAGAAAAGCCAUGAAAUGAGUUCGAAAGAAAUGGACUUUAAGAAGAAAGACCUAGAGAUUGAAGCAAAAGAAAAUGACUUGAAACAACAACAAAUACAAUUCGAAAAUGAUAAACGUGAGUUUGAGAAAAUGAAAGAUCUCAUGGUACCAACUCCUUUAAAACCUGUAGCGAAGAAAAGCGUAUCUUUUGCAAGUAUGGUUCCGAAUGACAGUGAAAGUGAUGACCUUAAGACAUAUGGUAGUGAUGAAGAAGAUGUAGUAAGUGAUGUACAACUUGAUGACGAAUUUGACAAUAUUUAUGAAAUUCCUAAAAAGGAGAAAGAACCUCUUAACAAAGAUUGCAAAAUACAAAAUCGUGGAGAAAAAUUGUCAAAGCAAGAAGAACGACAAAGAAAAGAAAAAGCAUUACUCUAUGCUGAAUAUGAACCUAUAAAGCCAAAUGAAAAGCAGAAAGCCGAAGAGGAACAGAAAUUGAAGGAAAAGCAGAAAGCCGAAGAGGAACAGAACUUUAAAGAAAAGCAGAAAGCCGAAGAGGAGCAGAAAUUAAAGGAAAAUCAGAAAGCCGAAGAGGAGCAGAAACUAAAUGAAAAGCAGAAAGCCGAAGAGGAAGAAAAAUUAAAGGAAAAGCAGAAAGCCGAAGAAGAGCAGAAAUUAAAGGAAAAGCAGAAAGCCAAAGAGGAGCAGAAACUAAAGGAAAAGCAGAAAGCCGAAGAGGA